ACCGAAUGGCAGCUUCCUACAAGACACUACAGCCACACAGAUGAGAUGCAGACAGGAGUUUGCUGACAUUACCAAUAACUUAGAACAGUUUUUAAACAAUAUUACCUGAUCUGAAGGGACCAUGGCUGAAGAACUGAUAAGAAAUGUCGUGGACAUUAUGGAGGGUGCCCACACACAGAAAGUACAGUUGUCAGAACUGCUCCACUCAUUGGACGAGGCACACGAUCAGGUCCAUCAGAGUGCUGACAAGUCGAAGUCAGAUUUAGAGGCACAUUUCAAGACCCUGAAGAAAGCCAUUGACCAGGCACUGGAUGAGCGACUGACCACUCUGAAAAAGGAGGUGGACAAGAUAGAGAAGUCAGCAUCCGUACCUCUCAGUCAGUGUAAAGAUAUGAUUAACCAGGGGAUGGACGCUGCUUCACGAGUGAUGGACGAAGGUGGUUCCAUUUUGUCUGGUGAUCCGACACAGAAGAUCGAACGAAUGGUCCAGUUAAAAGACAAUCCUGACACAAGAGCACUUAACAGUGUACCAGCUGUGCCUCACUUGAGUGACGUUCCCUGUAUCAGCGUGGAGUUGGAUAAAUGUCUCGGGGACAGACUGUCCGAGUUGAUCGCACAAGAAGGCAGGGUCCUGGAGCGUAGUCCCAUACAGAUCACAGACACCAUUGAACGUCCCGGGGGCAUUCUCGUCAAAUGGAUAGAGGUCGAUGACGAACUGGAAGUGUCCGAGUUCUGUUUACAGUAUUGUUUAGGUAAUGCCAAAACCUCGUCCAGUCCAACAUUCCACACAGCGUACACGGGCCCGAAUACUUGCUACACCGUCAAAAACCUCAACACCAACACCCCUUACUCAUUCCGUGUCAGUUGCCGCAGCAGCAACAACAACAGCAGUUGGCCGUGGAGCGUUUCAAGUGUACCGUGUAUGGCACAAACGACAAUUCCACACUACGAAUGGUCAACAGGUUGUCCUAGCUACGCAGUGUGUUACGACAAUAAAAUUGCCACGAGGAAUGGGACUGGCGACACCAUGGUCCUGUAUUCCAGUACCAGUUCCUGUGUACCUGGCCACCCCAUCACCUUCAAGGUCAUCUCCAUGGGGGAGACGUCACCGUUCGACAGCGUUGGCCUCAGUCUCGACAACAGCAACACUGACACACUACAACAGGAUGACGCCAUUCUGGUUACUAAGUCAGGGUUUGUCUUUGUUGAUGGACAAGAAAUGAAGAUAAAGCUGCCGGAGAUGAAGAAGGGAUCUUUGCUGACCUUUGACCUCGAAGAUCUGUCCAAUGGUAAAGUGCGAGUCAAUGUGGAAUUGGAGGAAAAGGUUGUCACUUUUGAUUGGAAGGUUCCACAACCACCAGGAACGACAGGACAAUUCGGAGGCUUCGGACUCGGAGGCAUGCUAACGGGAAGUGUACACAAAUUUUACUUCGGAUUGAAAUUUAGUCAUGAAGAUUGGAAAGUUUUGGUUGAAUAGGGAUAAGCUUUGUCAAAUUUUUACGUAUGGAAGAUUUCACUUUUGUUGAUACUGUAUUAUUUUAAGAUUUAUUAUUCACUCAAUUUUACCAGAUAAAAUUGAAAUUUAAUGCCUUUAUUAGGAUAUUGUUAAUGUAAGUACAGUCUUUUCCUCCGAAACUUUGUCAUUAAUCUGAAAUGUUUAGAGAUAAUCUGCAGAAGUGAAUUCAUUGUAAAAUUGUAUACUGGUAUCCGUAUAUUAAAUUCUGUUCUGCAAAGCAUUAUGGGAAUUUUUAAUUAAACAUAUUGACAUUCACAGAUGAUGUGGAUAUUGGUCAUGUAUAUCAGUUAUCACCGGACUGAUUAUUAAAACUUAUAAUAAAGGAUUGGAAAGACUGUGACUUUUAAUACAAUCAGACAGUAUUCUCCUAGUCAAAAGUUUUUAUCACAUGAAUAAACCAAAGCAAUGCUGUAUUUUUUUUAUUUUUUUUCCCGAUCUUUUGUUUUUAGGGGAUUCGCUAAAACAGUCAAUUUUACAGGAUCUAUUAUUUGUAGAUUUCCGGUCAAGUGACCAUAGUAGAAAGAGCUAUGGUAAGGAUGGAUGAAUUUGAUAGUUAUUCCGUAAUAUAUAUCUUUUUCACGGAAAAAUUGUUAGCAUGAAAAUUCGGAACAUUUGAAAUUUUUUUGUUGACUCACACUAAAACUGAUGUUAGAAUGUCAUUUUGGUUUAGAUUCUCGAUUGAAUAAAUAACAUGUUUGUUGUAGUUGAUGAACUUCCAUAAUUAUAUCAAAGACAGAUGGUCUUAGACCUGGUAACUAUAACAUUCCUGCUGUGGCCAUGCCUUCGCUUCCUAGGCUGCUGUAGAUAACGUUUAUUACAAUGUGUCUGUAUAAGGUAAUACAUUGAAGGCAAUAAGCCCAUGCCUGGCAAUAAGCCCAUGCCUGGCAAUAAGCCCAUGUCUGGUAAUAAGCCCAUGCCUGGCAAUAAGCCCAUGCCUGGUAAUAAGCCAUAAGCCAUUAACAUAUAUUGUCAUUCAGUAGAACUACCUACAAAUGCUAUCUCGUUGUUCAUUCCACUCCCCUGCUCAGAAUCAGAAAAUAUUUGUUGUCUCCUGGUCUUAUUGCAGCUUGAAUAUAUGAUUGUUUUACCUCUAAUACGCCCAGGCCCCAGUUUCAAGAACAUUUAGUUAAUUCCAAAGCAUAAAGUUUUCCCAUUGGGUGGCAUUAAAUUCCGUAACUUAGGUUUUCCCUUUGGAAAGCAUGGCUAGAAUUAAAAAAUAUAUAUAUAGUAAGGAAAUUUUCCCUAAUAUCCAGUAAUAUUUUCUUUUGGAAAACUUUCAGUUGAGGAAUAUUCAUCAAUUUGGGCCUUGUUGUUAAAAUAAACCUGGAUUUUGUCCAUCAAUAUGUUACACAGAAAUGUUUUCUUUACUUGUACAGAUGACACGUGUGUACAAAAGUUGACAUGGGGGUAUAUUUGACACAAGGCACAUGCUAGUCACUAGUAAAACACAGAUACAAGUGUCUCCUUGUGUCUCGCCAGGUAUUACUGCUCAUGAUCAAUGUGCCAUAUAGAUGAAUGGUUCUAAUAAUGCAAUAUUGUAUUUUUCCUGAAAUAAGCCAAGCUGGCCAACAUAACAUAUAUUCUGUGACUCAAAAGUAGGCCAUGCCCGGGCUUAUUACAGGACAACGAAAUUGUUGCCAUUUCUAUUGAAUUCAAUUUGAUAAUGGUGGGCUUAUUACCAGGCAUGGGCUUAUUGCCAGAUAAAUACAGCAGAUAUAUUUCUGAUAUCUUCAUCAUGGCUUUCAUUAUCAUGUCCUAACAUUAAGCUUACUGCUGAUUGAUAUUUUGUUAAAUAUGAUUAUGCUGUUUGAUCCAAGUCCCCUAGUGCGCUUGUAUUGGUAGUUUAAAAAAAAAGAAAGGUUUUUAUAUUUCAAUUUAAUAUGCAGAUUUAAUUAAAUAUUUAUCAGGAAUUUAAGAAAUAUUUUUACAAGCAGAGAUGAUACAGUGGUUCCUACCAAGUCGGAUGAUUUACAUAUGUUUAUAAAUAUGCAUCAGGACAUAUAUAUCUUUAGUAUAAUUCAGCGGCGUAUUCAUAGACGAAACAUUUUUGCUGUGACAUGGAAAAAAUCCACGAAAAAUUUAAGCUGCCGGUAAGCUGUAUACCCAAACUGAUGAGAUGCAGCCUUUGGGGUUUUCUAGAACUAAAACAGAAUUUUAAUCACACAGACAGAAAUUAAAUACAAUACAAAAUGUUGAACCAACCUAGAAGACCCCUCUAUUGAUAUUUUGUCUUUGCGUAUUGCAGAGUUAUCUUCUCUUGGG